CGGAAGUAAAAAAAAUUAGCGGGCUGUUUUUUUCUUUUUCAGUUUGAAUUCGUUUGUAAACAUCGGCGUUGGAGCUCAAACUCAACUUUGAACCCCAGAAUGAGUACCAAAAAGGGCAGAGGAAACAAGGUGGCGCCCGUUAAACCAGUUGGCAACCAGAAAACAUUUUCUUUGGAUUCUGACAUCCAGUCUACCUUUGAUAGUACUAUUUUCAUUGAAGGGCUACAGCAAGAAAAUGAUAAUCCUCUGCACAGUACUGCUAUAGAAGAAGAUUUGAACACAUCUGAAAAAGCCCAGGUGACAAAAACUAGAAUGAGGAAGAACUUGACACAGAGAGCGAAAGAAAAGGUCAAAACCAGACCUUUGAAGAAUGAUCAACCAAAAAUAGAAAAAAAGAAGAGGGAUAGAGACCGUAGAAGGCCAAGUGAUUCACAGUAUUUGCAUUGUGAUUUCCCAGCAGCUCUUGCCAUGAUGUUGCCAAAUUUAUGUCCUCAGGCUGAAUCAGUAUCUCGCUCUAGCUCCAAAAAGAGAGGAAAUGAAGUCCUGUCCUCUGGUGAUGACACAAAUGAGGACACAAGCUGGCCAAGUCCAAAGAAAGCAAAACUACUCAGUGUGGAGAGAACCAAAAACAAGUCCACAGGAGAAAAGGUUGUAACAGAUAAGAAAAAGCAACGAUUUCAGGGAGGAACAGAGUUGGAGGUGGUGUUGGAGGCCUUCCGAGAUUUCUGUGACGAGUACAGGGAUUCCUUAGAGUCUAAAGCAGCCAAGCACACAAUUGAUUGUUUCUCCAACAAUGUUAAGGAGCAACUCUUGGAAAAGAUUUCCACAUAUAAGGAGCUCAAGGUUCUGAAACGUAAUAAUGCCAAGGUGUGCUCCAUAAUCCAUACCAAGACACAGAGACUUUUCAAUGCCAAGGAUGAGCUAAUUAGUGCAGAGAGGCAACUUGACCUGCUUCAAAAUGAGAAAACUGACCUUGAACUCAGAUUACAAGAUCUGCGAAGAAGCCAAGCCUUCCUCCAAGAUAUUCGAGAACUCAACCAAGUCUAUCUAGACUACCGGCUUGCACAUCCUAAAGAGAAAGAGACAUAUGCUGUAUCCAGUUUACCGGCUCUACUACUGGAGACAAAGCAUCUUCAAGGAGCGGAGCACCAGCUGAGACUCAUUAAUAACAAACUGGAGAGAAAACUGAGGGGGAAUGGCAAAUAAAGUGUUGUACCUCAGUAUUC